AUUUGCCGGUUGUUUGGAUCGGAUCGCAGGUUGAAUCGGAAAGCUCUCCGUAUCGGUUCGGUUUAGCGCCAGUUGCGUCGUCGCGAGUGCGCCAAAAAAUUCGGAAAAUUUAAAGACUUGAGUGAGAGGUAAUCCCCCAGUGGAAACCCAGUCAUGUUGCCGCUGCAGGAGUCGCAAUCCUCGAACUGGCAGCUGGAGGAUUACGCCUUCUUUCGCAAAUGCGGGGAAAUCACCGCUUCGCCGGAUGUCCAAAGUUUUGGUUUCAACUGCUCCUUUUGUCCGGCGAUCUGCCUGCAGUUCUCCGUUUUUAUGGACCAUAUCCGUGAACAGCACACCCAGGACAUGAGACGGCGCUAUGAGUCCGGGGAGGAGAAAAACCACCAAACUGAUCUGGUUAUAAUGGAGCUCGACUGUCCGGUGAUAUAUCCGCCGGAGGGACAAAAGAAAUCCAGCUGGGAGGCCGAUAUGGACAUACAGCUAAUGAGCCUUGUUCCGUCAACUCCCACAGUGCAUAUACCACCACCACCACCACCUGAAAAACCAGAAAUAGAUUUGGUCUACGUUGUAGAAAAUCCAUUGCCACCCUCGCCGCCGCCCUCCGCGGACAUUUCGGGUGACGAGCUACCAGGGAACUGUCUGCAGUCCUUCGACUUGGAUACCUUGGCCGUACUGCAGGAGGUGGUAACGAUGACUCCGCCCACACCACCCAUUGCUCCACCACCGAAUCCAACUCCAUUGCUACCGCGGUACGAGACACGACGCGUGGCAUUGCAGCGCAAGCUUCGUCAGGCGGAAAACGAGAAUGCUAAAGAUGAGGUUCUGGCGGAGAGCCUGGUAGAUGUGGUGGAUAUAGUUGAGGUAGAGGAACCGGAGCAGCAAAAGAUUGAGCAACCGGAGAAGAAUGUUCUGGAACUUACCCCGCCAGCCACGCCCCCCACACCAGUGCCGCCCAACUCGCCAACGAACAGUACAACGAGUUCCGUGGAUUUUCAAUCGAAAACUCGUCGGGAGUUGGAGCGCAAUCGUGAGUUUGUUGGCUGUCUCUUGGCGGAAUACGAGCGCGCGGAGAAGUUGUGGAAUCCCAAGCAUCCCGAUUACAAAUACAAUGCCAAGCGGAGUGUUUACGGGGAACUGGCUGCUCCAUUGGAAGCUAUCUGCCAUAAGCGCCUCACCGGAGCCGAAAUCUUCUCUGUGCUGAAGGAGUUAAAGGGCAGAUACCGCCGUGAGCUGAACAAGAUGAAUGCCAUUGGUGAAAAGUACAAGUCGCGGCUUUGGUACUUUGACAGGUUGAAUUUCCUCAGGCACAUCAUUAAAAACAGGCGAGCCGAGAGGGAAGCUAAGAUCUCCAAUGAGAGCACCGAGAGCGAAAAGUCCUGCGAAACGGAUGCGGAAUCCUCCAGCAAGUCCACAUUGUACCACGAGGUGCUCAGCUUCAUUCUGGAUGCCUUCAAGCGACUGGAAUGCCUGUGGAAUCCACGCCACUGCGACUACACCAGGUGCUGCAAAAAAGAGCUGUUCCGGGACAUCUCAGUCCAGUUGCAAGAGGAACUCAACUACGAGUUGAGCGGCGAGGAGUGCUACAAUGAGAUCCAAAAGCUAAGGACACGUUAUCGCAAGGAGCUGCGCAUGGUGAUCAAGCACAAGGGUCUGUAUCUGCCCAAGCUGUGGUGCUACGAUGAAAUGGAGUUCCUGCAGCCCAUACUGCAAGAGCAGAUCUUUAAUAAGAUAAGCAAGAAAGUUGGAGUGGUCGAAACAUCGCAGAAGACAAAGUUCAUUGAUGCCACCUCCAUACAGUUUGACAACUCCGAGGACCAACUGCAGUUCGUAGAGAUCUACCGCAACUACUCGGCUCUGUGGGAUGUAGAGCAUCCGGACUUUCGUUCGAAUGCGUAUCGUGGUCAGGCUUUGAGUCAAAUGUUGGAUGAGAUUAACAGCACCUAUCACACAUCCUACAAUGCAGAGCAGCUGGAGAAGACCUUGUUCGAACUGAGAAAAGACUUUUCGGCCCAAAAACGAAAGAUACUCACCGAGUCAGGAGAAUCCAGUAGCGUUCCCUUGCUACACGCUAAGCUGGCUGAGUUUCUGGACCAAAACAUAGGCCCCUUUCGUUGCGAUAUAUGCUCGGAGCUCGUGAAGACUUGUGAUCAGUACAAGGUGCAUCGAUCCGCACAUGAUGGCACCCAUCCCUUUAUAUGCACACUAUGUGGAAAAGGCUUCCAGAUGCCGUGUAACCUGACGGUGCAUAUUAGACGGCAUCGAAGGGAUUUUCCAUAUGCUUGUGAGAUGUGUGACAAGCGCUUCGCUACAUCCACGGAGGUGGCCAUCCACCUGCGAACCCAUACCGGGGAGCGACCAUACAUCUGCGAUCAAUGCGGCAAAUCCUUCAAGACGUGGUCUUUCUUCGACAUCCACCGGCGCCGGCACCUUAACCAGUCGACAUUUCACUGCCCGAUUUGUGCAAAAGGUUUCUACGAGAAGAACCGCUUCACUGAUCACAUGAACUCCCACUGGGCGAUCCGCAAGCACCUGUGCACGGUGUGCGGCAAGACCUUCACCACCUACGGCAACCUCAAGAAGCACACGGAACUGCAUUUGGCGGUAAAGAAGUACAAGUGCAGCCCGUGUAACAAAAGAUUUGCACAAUUCGCCAGUCUGCGAUGGCACAAAAAGCGAGAGCACAGCUCCGAGGGGCAAACGGACGACAAGUAGAACCUUCAGCCACUUAAGGCUCUCCUCAGCACUUUACAAUGUUUACAAGGCAAUUGUAUAGAGUUAGAUGCGUUACCAUGUACUUAACGAUAUCGCAGUCUAGAUGUAGUAUCAUAUCGAUAAUCUAUUACUAAGUAAACUAUUUAUUUUCUAUUUAAGAAUGUCUGAUAAAUGGCUCCAAGUGUUGCUACUCAAGUGGUCUGUAAGCCUUAUCGUUGUAAUCAGACGAUUAGCUGGCCAUUUGUAGAAUGCUUGUAACUGGUUUAUGAUUCGAAUGCCAAAGUCAUUGAAAUUGAAACCAAAAAUAUAUAGCCAUGUAUAUUUAAUGAA